AUUUGUUAAUUCCUCUUUUUUUUUGUAAAUCUAUUAAAAAUGUCUGGCCGUGGCAAAGGAGGUAAAGCAAAAGCAAAAUCAAAGUCACGCAGUAAUCGUGCUGGGCUUCAAUUUCCAGUUGGAAGAAUUCAUCGUCUUUUGAGAAAAGGUAAUUAUGCCGAGAGAGUUGGUGCUGGGGCACCAGUUUAUUUGGCAGCGGUUAUGGAAUAUUUAGCGGCUGAAGUUUUGGAAUUGGCAGGAAAUGCUGCACGUGAUAAUAAAAAAUCGAGAAUUAUUCCAAGACAUCUUCAGCUCGCUAUAAGAAAUGACGAGGAGUUAAAUAAACUUCUAUCGGGUGUUACCAUUGCCCAAGGUGGUGUAUUGCCCAAUAUUCAAGCAGUUUUAUUACCAAAAAAGACAAACACCGGCGGUGGUGGAUCCCAGAAGACAUCACAAGAAUAUUAAAAAUAAAAUUUAAUUCUUCUUUAAAUGUCUACACAAGUUGUUAAUUUUAAUUGACUAAUAAUUAAGCAGUUUUUUUUUUAAAAUGACAAAAAUGAAUGUUAUUUAAAUGAUAGUAGUGUGAUGGAUGUAAAAAAGUUGUUAAUUUUCUUAGAAAAAGAAAAGAAAAGAAAAGAAAACUGCCCACAAAUUGUUUGGAUGCCUUUAAUCUAAAAUUUCUUCGUUUAAAUUUGUCUUAUUAAUCAUAUAAUGUUUGUAUAAGCGUUGUCAGUAAAUUUGUUCCUCUAAAUUAAUAAACAAAAAUUGGUAGCAGAUAAUUAAAA